GUGAGAAUGUGAGAUGGCUCCAUCUACCAUGUCGCUGUGUAUGUGAAUAGCCUUAGUAGUAAUAUCAUCAUAUCAACGCCCAAUUCCGUUUGUGACUCUUGUCAAAUAUUAUUAUUGAGAACAAAAUUGAGAACAAAAUAUUGACGGCACUUUAUAAACAUUUUUUCGGGUCUUGGAAAUAUAGCAAUGCUCACCUGGUUGCCUAUUUCUAAACAAUAAGUUCAACUAAAUUCUAUCUGUCUGUAAACAUUCAAAAUCAAAAUGGAUAGUGUUGGUAAUAUUGGUAGUAGAAAACGUGUGGCAGGAAAUCAUUAUUCUGCAGAAGAACAGGCUCUGGAUCAGAUUGCUAAAGAGGCAGAGUCUAGGCUUGUUGCAAGACGACUGGCCAGAGCUGAAGCACGUGACAUUCGUAUGAGAGAACUUGAAAAGCAGCAGAAAGAAAUGGAAGAAAAUGCUGAUCGCCAGUUUACUGCAGACAGUAGCAUGGAUAUAAACCCAAAGAUACCAGUUAGUAGAACUGUUAGCACUGGUGUACCUCUAGCAGGGAAUAACAGACCAAUACUUGGAAGUACUGGUAGCUUUCAAUCCAGUCGCCGUGGUUCAGAAGACUCAACUGAUGAAAAUCCUGGCCAGUCAAUGACAUUACGAGAUCUUAGGCAAGAACUCAAGGAAUUGGAAGAAAAGUUCCGAAAAGCAAUGGUUCAGAAUGCCCAAUCUGAUAAUGAAAAAGCUUCAUUGAUGUAUCAGGUGGAGCUAUUCAAAGACAAAAUAGAAGAUAUGGAUGAAGCUUAUGCACUCCUUCAGAAAGAACACAAAGACAAGCAUCGCGAAUGUGAAGAUUCGAAGAGGGAAAUGAUGAGAAUUCAGCAAGAGCUUAAUUACAACCGCUAUAUUCUUGAGGAACGUGAUAAAAUGAUUCAGGAACAUGGAUUAGUCAUUGUCGGUGAAGAUGAGGAUAGUGAUGAAAAUACGACCACUGCUGUACGAAAGACUCCAAAGAAAGUCUUAGUUUCCACUGAUGUAGCUUCUUUAUUGGAAAAGGCGGGUGAUGGAUCACUCGAUGUACGGAUACGGAGAUUGACUGAAGAGAAAAACGAGUUAUGUGAUCAGCUGAGGCGUGUUAAACUGGAUUUAGAAGAGGAACGCACAAAAUCCAUGUAUCGAGAUAGGCCGAUUUCUAGCGCUCCUGGAUUACCUAACGGUCCAAUCGGCGAUCUUUCAGAAUGGCAGAAGGAAGCAGUUGCCAAACAGGUUAAUGACUACAAAAUAAAGCUUCAGAAAGCAGAUCAAGAAAUCGCAACUCUUCAAGCAACGGUUGCUCGGCUGGAGACACAAGUUACUCGCUUUAGAGUGACCGCUGAAACGUUAGAAAAAUCUGAAGAUGAACUAAAAGUGGAAAAACGUAAACUUCAAAGAGAGCUACGAGAGGUCAAACAGCUCCUUGAUGAAACGGAUACGGCGCGUCGUACGCUGCAGCGCCAGUAUGAUAAGCUGAAACAUGGGCGAUAAACCUACUUUCGCUCAACCGUGAAUAGUUUCAUUGCCCAUUUUAAGAAAAUAUGGACUGUCACGAUGUAGGAUUACGUUCAAGGUGGGAUCUGAUGAAGGGGGACGCUCGCAUGGGAAUGAACGUAUUUUGAGACUUAACCUAUCACUAUUACCGAACUAGUACCACAAUGAAAGAAAACAUUGCACUAACUUUUAACGCUGCAUUCAGCACCAAGUUGGAGGUUGCAUCGCACUUGUUUGAAUACUGGACAUUAGUAGUUUUUAACUAUUAGUAGACCGGUAUGGAUCCAAUUUUAUGUCCUAUUGCAAACUUUAGUGUAUGGUUGAUUGAUAAAGGGAAAGAGAAUGCUGUUUGCUGACCCAAUCAACUGAAUGUUAUAGGAAAUCGUACCAACGUGCAAUCUACAUAAUACUAAAUUGAAUAAUAUAUUUUUUUAAAUCUAUUUUUCAGCUAAGAGAAACUCAGACCAAAAUGGAAGAACUUGAAACAUCACACAACCAUUUACAGCGACGACUAGAUAAACUGAAAACCGCAAAAUCAGCUCUUUUGAAAGAAAUUUAAAUUCAUUUUUUCUAUAUCUUAUUACCUAGCCUUAUACUCGUUAUUUAUUUCCGCUGGAGAUGGAAUUAAAACAACGCCGUUGCUCGGGGCUACGCUUCCCCAUAUUGAUUGUGUGCGAGGAAAUCUGUAUUGUCGAAUUAUCCCAUGUCGACGCAUUUAAUUUAAUUCGCCAGUGCUCUUUACGUCAUUUACCGUGUGCUAGAGAGUGUGUUGCUUAAUUGAAUCGGUUGAAGCAGAUCUUAGUUGCUGAUUGUCUGUAGAAGAAGAGCGUACCAUUUUCUUUUGUUUAACCUUGCAAGCAUGUUUUAACCAAUUAAAAACUAGUGGUAUUGCUAUUGUACGGCUUGUGACAUGAAAAUGCAAUGAACAUUCUAAAUAGAAAAACGAAAUUAA